AUGCAGUUCUCCAACGCCUUCUUCGCUCUCGCCUCCGCGCUCCUCCUCGUCGUCCCUGCUAGUGCGGCGACCUUGAAGGCAGAUAUCGCUUGUACACCGUUGGCGGCCUGCAACGGCAACAACCAUUACGAUGUCGGCCAUUCGUGCAAGUACUAUAUCAGCUCCUGCACGGGAAGUAUCAUCGAAGGCAAGUGCGUCGCCACCGACAGCGGGUUACAGUGCCAGUAG